CUUCAGUCCGGUGCUGUGAGCGCUGCGGUGCGCUGCGCUUUGCGGGUCUUCCACUCACGACUCCACGUUAAUUAACCUCUCAAACAGUCCUUGUCCUCCACUCAUUCCGCGGUGUUACCAUUUUUAUUUUUUAUUUUUUUAAAUCACUAAGUUUGGGCUUUUCUCCAAGUUUUCUCCAACGCCGCAUUUUCUCCGGCUGUUAUGAAGAAAAAGGCGACGGCGGCAAGUUGACUCUCCAGUUUUAAAAACCAGCCCGGUGCAGGUGCAAUAACAGGCUGCACAUCAGUAUCCCGGCGCCGGAGAGGAUGGCUCUGCAGGCGGCCAACGUGAGCGUGGCGGACGGCUGUGUGGAGCAGGGGAACCUCAGCAUGGAAGUUACCGACUAUAAUAUCAGCUGCACCAACAGCUCCGUCCUCCCCAAAUCAGCCACCAGAGUCAGAGAGAUGGAUUCGCUGCGCAUCCUGCUCUACUCGCUCAUCUUCCUGCUCAGCGUCUUUGGCAACCUGCUGAUCAUCGUGGUCCUGAUGCUGAACAAGCGCAUGCGGACCGUCACCAACUCCUUCCUGCUGUCGCUGGCGGUCAGCGACCUCAUGAUGGCCAUCUUCUGCAUGCCCUUCACGCUCAUCCCCAACAUCCUGAAGGACUUCAUCUUCGGAGGCGCCAUGUGCAAAACCGUCUCCUACUUUAUGGGGAUCUCCGUCAGCAUCUCCACCUUCAGCCUCGUGGCCAUUGCCAUCGAGAGAUAUAGCGCCAUCUGCAACCCGCUGAAGUCCCGCUCGUGGCAGACCCGAUCCCACGCCUAUCGCGUCAUCGCUGCCACAUGGGUGGUGUCGCUGUUAAUCAUGGUGCCCUACCCGGUGUUCAGUGUCCUUAGAUCUUUUCCCAAGACCAACGGUACUGUGGGCCAUAUGUGUCGCCUGGACUGGCCCAGCCAGCAAGUUGAACAGACCUGGUAUGUGCUGCUGCUGUUCACUCUGUUCUUCGUCCCAGGAGUGGUGAUGAUUAUAGCCUACGGUCUGAUCUCCAGAGAGCUCUACCGAGGCAUUCAGUUUGAGCUGAACCAGAGCACAGAGACCACCGGCCAGAAGAACGGCGUUCGAAGGGCUGUCGCAGGCUCGAACGAUGACGACGAUGGUUGCUACGUCCAGGUGUCUAAAAAACCCUCCUCCGCCGUGGAGCUCCCCACCCUCUCUGCCUCGUCCAGCGCCACCCAGACCAAAAGCGAGCGCCCCCGCAGCAACGCCUCAGAAGCCAAGCUGCAGGCCAAGAGGCGAGUCAUCCGCAUGCUGAUGGUGAUCGUGGCGCUCUUCUUCAUCUGCUGGAUGCCCCUGUACACAGUCAACACCUGGAAGGCCUUUGACCUGAAGUUGGCCUCCAGAACCCUCUCAGGAGCGCCCAUCUCCUUCAUCCAACUGCUGUCCCACUCCUCGGCCUGCGUCAACCCCAUCAUUUACUGCUUCAUGAACACGCGCUUCCGCAAGGCCCUGCUGUCCACCUUCGCCUGCUGCUGGCGCAACCGGCUCUGUCGCCUGUGCUGCUGUUGCAGGAGGAGGGAGGCAGGAGAAGACGGCAUCACCGCCACCUCCAUGGCCACGUCGAUGGCGACCUCCAUGUCCAAGUUCAGCUACACCACCGUCAGCACCACAGGCACCUGCUGAGCCUCGAGGAGCGCUGGGUGGUCGCCUGUUUUUUUUUUUUCAAUCUUCUGUUUUUCAUCUUAAUAUGCUGUGAGUCACGCGCUGAGUAAUAUCCCUGCCCUCGUUUAUGAGGUCUUUUUAAAAGGUCUUCUUCAAAUUCUGCGUGCAUGGUUGCAGAAUGUGAGUCGGGGGGUGGGGGGGGGGUUACGGCGUUUCAGUUUGGUGACAUUCUUUUUCUUCUGUUUAAUUGGCAGCAUCCGCUUUGUUGCAUCCUGGAGAGAACAUCAAGUGCCUGUGCUCUUUGUGUGGCUUUGUUUGUCAUGGUAGUUUGUUCACUGGCUCAGACGGACAUUUAAGUGAAGAACUACAGAAAAUAUGAAUCUUCUGUACCUGUAAAUACUGUUUUCAUGUUGUUACUGUGCCAACGGUAAAUUUUUUGACAGAGACAUACUGUUGAACGACGAGGACUCAUUAACUCAGUAAUGAAUCAGUAUGGAUUUCUGCUCCUUUCAUGUUUAAUGUUGGGGUAUCUCUCUCUCUCUCUCUGUUAUCAGAAUUAUUCUUCUGAACGACUUGGACAUCAUCAUUCAGUCCCAAAUUCCUCAAAUAUUUGAGCACCAAGAAAAAAUCCUGCUUACAACCAAAUUAUAUCAAAGGGAGUUAGUCCAGCUUUUUCUUGCUUAGUGUUUUGCUCUUAUUGAAUUAUAUUUCAUCACUUCUUCCUGCACAAAGCAGAACAAAAUGAAUUCAUUUGGCUGAAUUUACUGGCCUCCUAGUAAUAACAGGGUGUUUUUGAACCUUUUGCAGCACCACUUUGUGAUUCAGACCGAUGAGGGCAGGUGCAGGUGUACAUAAACAUCUCGAAGAUAAACAUCUGAAGAAAAGCCUGGCUUCAGAAUCAGGCUAUUUUCUCGUGUUGAUCCACUCUGAUCACAAACUGUGAUCAAACAGGCUUAGUCGGAACUUAAAUCCCCCUGUCGCCACUGCUACAAAUGUAUAUUGAAUACUGAUGCAGACAUUAACAUCCGGAUGUGAAUUAGCAGAAAAUGUCCGUCCAUGAAAGGCUGAAGGUACCUGACUGUUGCUCCAGUCUGCCCCUGCAACAAAUGUCACAGAAAAGAGCUUUAGUCAAACUCACCUUUUCAGCUCAAUUAUAUCAGUGGUGUCUUUUUAUGUACUCUCUCUGCCUUCCGCUUCAGUGCUGCCAAUUACUCUGAGCAUUACCUGAGUACAAAGACCCCGUUUCCAGGCUCAAACUAACGAGGUGUUUCUCAGGGAGCCUCUCCUGCAGAGCAGAUCUUAUGGCUUUGCCUUUGUGAAACGUAUGACAAAUGGCUCCACUAAUGCACCACAUCUGAGCUCUUCAAUUCUCUAAUAAAAAUAACGAUAAUGAUAACAACAACAAACUUGAUUGAAAUAUAAUUUUCCAUUUAAAGCAUGGAGCUCAAACGGUGCUACGAUAAGGGGAAUCAAGAAAAAUGUACGUAAGUAAAUGGUUGGGCAAAAACAAGGACAAAGUAACAUUAGUAAUAGAAAAAUAAAAAUAAAAGCAGUAAUGAAAGACAGAACUUAAAAAGAAUAGUUUGAAAUUCUGGAUAUAAGCUCCCCUUUGGUUCCCCUAGCGACAGUAGCUAAUCCAGAGGGAUAUUUUAUGUGUUUACUUUGGUUUGGACUGAUGAUUUAUGCAGGCUUUUGCCCUGUUAUACAUUGUUUAGCCAGGUUUCAUGUAACUCUGAAGAGAAGAUGGCAGCUGCAAAGUUAGCUUAAAAUACCCAAAUAUAUUCAUCUACAGUGUUAAGGCAGUCUUUGUCCAAUGAUAGAUAUUAUUAUAAUGACAGUCUAUGUUAAUUAACAAAUUACAAAUUCUCAUGGAAACGAUUCAGGAUUUCAUUCAUAAAUUCACUCCCUUAUGACAAAAUAUGCGCAUGAUAGUGUUGCAGUGAAUAAUUUAACACCGCCGUUAAGAUAUAGUUUGCCUCUGCAGCACAAAAAUAUCUGGAUUGGUGUUAAGCAGUGUGAUGUAAUACUUUUGUCCUACAUACGGUGUACAUUGACAGCUUUGCGCUGUCAUUUCCUAUCACUUUCAAGUUCGGUCCUCUUUUUCAUGUCCUCCCAUCGCCUUGCACUCCCUGUCCCUCCAGCCCCAUCACCCGCCCACCACCCUCCUUUAAAAAAAAAAUCAUUUUUCAUUGCAGAGGCGUAUGAAUACAUGAAUGACAAUGGCGUGUGGGUGACAGAGAUUGAGAUUUGCAGGCACAAGCACUGUCCGAGAGCAGUGUACAGGCGGUGGCAGCGGUGGAAGGCAGUUCGGCUCGCAGACAGACAAUUGGCACACAAAAAUCGCAACAGAGCCUCGUCGCUAAACACUUUGUCUGGCGGCCUCCACUCUGUGUGUGUGCUUUUGUAAUUAAGGCAGGAGACAAUGAGUGAUUUCCAUAUCUUUGCCAGCACUUGGUGCAACGGAGAGCCUUGUGGAUUCAGUCAGGAUUUAUUUCACUGUCUGUGCACCUUUCACCUUCCAUUAAAUUUGUAUUCAAAAGUUUUUUUUUAACAUUAUGAAAUUGGGGGAUAGUUUAAUGAAAUGCAAACUGUUAAGUUUGUUCAAUUACCAUGGCUGAGCAAGAAUAAUGAAGAACAGCCUCUUAAUCCACAGUUGUUUCUUAUUCCAUAGCCUGUAGAUGUAUUACCUAAUAACAAAAUAAAUCUCAGUCUCUGGCCAUGUGCAUUAUGAAAGAACAGUACAAAAACUUCUGAGUAACCUCGCUCACUAUAACUUAUAAGGUAAAAAAUUGUUUGGCAAAAGUUAAUGUCUAAAUGCUACAUAUCAAGUUAAAGCCAGCAGGCACUUAGUUUAACUUAGCUCUGUCCAAAGUUGAAAAAAGCCCACCCAGCCUUUCCCCUUGUUUCCUGUCAAACUGUUGCUUCAUACAGACACGAAAGUCGCAUUGAUAUUCUUCUCUAACUCUCGGCAAGUAAGCAAAUACCGUAAAACUUAAAUUAAUAGCCCAAGUUUUUAUUUGCUUCACCCACUGAACUCAAUUCCUUUUGCACACAACUCUUGCUCAUCAAAGAUGGGAAAUACUAUCAGAUUGUUUUAUUUAAACCAGUAUGAAUAUUACUUCUGUGGAAUGACAUAUCAAUUAUGAAUUGAUCAUCUGAUACUUGGGUGUUCACAAUUUCCAUAAAAUGAACUGAACGAUUGAAAUGUGGAGAAUCUAAGUCAGCGAACGAUGUGUCCAUAUUGAAAAAAAUAAAGAAGCACUUCUGCCACUGCAAGACUCUCCUCAGUAACUCUGAAUGUCUUCUGAAAGAAUUGAUUACUACCAUAACACAGUAAGUUUACAGACUCCUUAAAAAACAAGGUAAAAAAGCCCCUCCAGGGGUGAGAAAUCAAAUUCUUACCCUGUCCCCAGAACAAUGCCUGAUGUAAAUUGAAACUGAAAUGAGACGGAGGCAUAGGACCAUGCACACAGUCGGUUUCUCUCUUAUCUCUACCUCCCCCAACAAGAAGCCCAUUAGGUGCUUCAGGCAGCGCACACAGGGAGGAAAAAAACAGCAAACCUCAUUUGACUCUAUAGCUCCGCGCACGACACGUGGAACAAAUUUUUCGAUUGACUCGGGACACAAAAGAAGUGACGGUACAAAAUAUAAACUGCAGUGUCAUCUUUCAUAAAUGUCACUUUUCUGGCGGUGAAAUAGUAACCUCCUCAUGUUUGCGGUGACUCAAUUGUGCUCCCCUUUAAAAGAACAUUUGUGUCACUUUUUCAAAGCUACGAAUCAAACCGUUCCUGCUCAUUUAUUAGUUUCUACGAGCGCCAACAGUGCUGGCAGAUGAUGUGCUCUUUAAGCUGCUCAUUAUGAUUUUGCUCUUAGUUAACCCUCUAAUUUGGAGGAUUUUCAUGUUUUCACUUUAAUUGUAGGAUUAUACACCCCGCUCACCUUGAGCUCAGAAAAUCCUUCCUUUUAAAAAAAAAUGCUACAAUUAAAAGUUUGCUCAUACAGCAGCAAACUGACAAAGCACUCAUAAGUAAAUUAGUUCUUUAUCAAUUAUUUAUAACGUCUAGGUGGCUGCUGGUGAAAUGUGCCUCUAUUGGAUUUGUUUUUUUGUAUUUUGUUGUUCUGCAGAAUGAUUAAUAAUUGCAAAAGAGAGAUUUUUGUAGUUUCACCUCAGGCACAGAAUUAAAUAUUUUGUUUUGGCCUACAGGUUCUGCACCUGAGCGUUGACAAGAAAGUAUGUCCUUGUCGAAAAGGGAAAAUGUGUCUUUCUCUGUUCCUCGUCCUGCUCAAAGGUUGAGGGAAGAAGAGACAGGAGUUGGUCUUUUAAAGACACUUCUUAGCACCUUCUGAGGGAGCACUUUAAGUGUUAACAUGGAUGUCAAGUUAGAGUCUCAGCUUCGAGGAAAAAACUUCCAGCAAGUAAACAAAGGGAGAAAUGCUGAGGUGAAGAGCAGGCGCAGAGUCAAGGUGAUGAAAUCAUAUAUUUAGCUCUUAUUAGCAUUGGAAGCUGAUGGUGAAACUGUGUGUGUCCGUGCGUCUACAUGCGAUAAAUGUUUACCAAAGCAGUCUCCAGGUCUGCUGAAGCCUUUUUUUUUUUUGCCACAUCUGGUGCCUGCUUGUGCUACAUUGUGAUACUAUAAAACGUGUAAAUGUCUGUUAGUUGGAACAGGACCACACUCUCGUACGUGUCUGUGAGAGGUUUUACAUGUGAGGUUAUUGACGUUUGUGAUGUUUUUGCUUUCGCUGUAUCUCUGGUAGGAUAUGAUUAUUAUGACGCAGUCUUGUUUUUCAUGGUUUCAUGGUUACUGGCUAACGUACAGUAUUUUUCAUGCCAAAUGUCCAUUAUUUAACAAAAAAUAAACAUUGGGUAAAACAGGA